AUGUAUGGAGCCCUUCCAACCGAUGACAAAGUUCAACGCAAGGCUGUAGCGCUGGCCUCUAGGUGUGUGCUUUGUGGUGUUGCUUGUGAAUCUAGCACACACAUUUUUCUGAACUGCUCCUUCUCUUGUGAUGUUUGGAGGAAUAUAUUGCUUCAAAUCAACAAAAGCUGGACUGGGUUCCCAAGUAUCCAGCUUUUAUUUUCUUGGUGGAGGAAAAAACUUAAGCUUGUUCCUCUUCGUACUAUCUGGGGACCUCUCAUUGUUAUUGCAUGUCAACAGAUUUGGUUGGAGCGCAAUAGAAGGAGAUUUGAUAAUAUAAAAAGACCUCACUCUCAGGUGGUGUCAAUGUGUUUCAGAGAAGUGAGGUACUGCUCCAAGUCAGAUGGAGUAAGAAUUAAGUCAAUGCAUGAUUUAUCAUUGGCUAGAAUGCUGCAAAUUCCCAUCUCCAACUCUCCUGCAAGGCCUAUCUUGGAAGUAAAAUGGAAGCAUCCUCCUCCAGGUUGGUUGAAGUUAAACAUUGAUGGGUCCUCGUUGGGAAAUCCAGGCUCCUCGGGUUUGGGUGGUACUUUUAGAAAUCACAAUGGCACUCCGAUCAAGUGCUUUGCCACUUACCUAGAAGUUAGAACCAAUUUCACGGCUGAGGUGGCAGCAUUCAUGGUGGGUAAUUCCCAAGCUCUGGAUUGA